AUGACCAAGUUUAGCGAAGCGUGCUGCGAUGGCGGUGCGGUGAUGGCGGAUGGCGCGUGCGCGGGCGCGGCGGCGGGAGCGGGCGCGGUGGCGGGAGCGGGCGCGGUGGCGGGAGCGGACGCGGUGGCGGGAGCGGGCGAGACGGCGGCGCGCGGCACUUCCCUGGAGCGCGCGUACGUGCACGACGUAUACGAGCAGGCAGGAGACGCGGAAGAACCGCCCCGCCCGCCUGCGCCCGCCGUCCGCUCCUUCCUGGCUGAGUUGGAGCCCGGCAGCCUCGUGUGCGACGUCGGAUGCGGAAACGGAAAGUACCUGGGUUUGAAUCCGUCCGUGUUCACGGUGGGCGGCGACCGGUGCAAGCGACUUGCGGCGCAGGCGAGGGAGCCGAGCAAUGAGGUCGUGGUGUGCGACAACCUAAGUUUGCCGUUCCGCGAUGAGUCGUUCGACGCAGUGCUGUCGAUCGCUGUGGUCCACCAUUUCGCGACGGUGGAGCGCCGAGCCAUGGCCCUUCGCGAGUUGGCGCGCGUCACCAGAAUCGGCGGCCGCCUACUGCUCACAGUCUGGGCUAUGGAACACGAGGGCAGGAACUUCCAUUCGCAGGACGUACUUAUACCGUGGCAUCGUCCAGUGACGUUGUGCCCGCCGACACCGACACCACGAUUUCUUUCAGUUGAUCACGAACGAAGCGAAACGUGGAAAAGCCGAGAUGGAUCACCAGGUUCAUCGUCGCUUUCAUCGCCUAAUGAGACAUGCUACUCGUUCGUGAGACGAGCCCUACAACGACUUGCCGGGAGGCGUUCCUUCUUGCCCUCGUGGGGUCUUAGCACGCGAGUGAACCAAAGGCCCUGCCCACGGCCGGAGCCUCCUGCUGCUGAUUUACCCAUCGAACUGAGACGUCUCGACGAGGCAUUCCCGUCUAGGCUCGUUUCGCAAACAUCCGACGCGUCGACCCUUAAAUCAAGGAGCCUAACCGACAUAGCCGACAUAGAACGUAGAGCCCUGGUUCGGUCCCGCUCGAGUCUACCCAGCCUCGGUGGUGACGAUUCUGACCCCACUCCUCAGGAGGUUGUGGUACCAGAAACUAGUGAAGCGCGAAAAAAACCCAAACUUGUAAAACAAAAAAAGUCAAUCAACGAAGACGACGCUGAGGAGGACUUAGAUAAGCCAACGGAUAUGAAAAGUAUGGUAGAGGAGAUGCCCAAUUUCAAAAUUCACACAAAUCGCUUACAGUCAAAGAAGCCAGGUGUAUUUAAGCAAACGUCCCUUAACGAGGAACUGAUGUCUGCUGAACGACUAAGAGAGAAGGAGCGGUUAAGAAAAAAUAUUCAAAAACAAGCAUCCUUAAACGAAGAAUAUUUGUAUCGCCGACCGGGAACGUUAGACUCAAUCCGUGACUCCAUAUUCUCUACGUCGGCGACUACGGCUAAAAAGUUCCAGUCACUUAAAAAUGGACUCACUAAUAAAUUCAAGACAUCGACUACCAACAUUGAUAAAGUGACCGUUUUUGUGCGAAUGCUCCAGGGCUGGAAAACCCAUGGGCCAGUUCCAGAAGUACCUACGCCAAGCGAUACUAACGCAAAUAACGACAAAAGCUACCCAGAAAGGCGUCAUUCAAAAGAAGAUGGCUCAGAUUCCUCCAAAGACAGCAGUCUACAAAGCGAUACCAGCGUGGAUUCGGAAGACAGCUUUGCUUCGGUUAUUUACGUCCCAAAAGCAGAUGGAUCGGGUGAUCCAUUAUCACCUACUCCACUAUCACCAGGACCAACAUCCCCUCGUUUGAAAGUAUCUUCUGUGCCAACGUCUCCUAGAAUGAAAAGUUCGCCAGGGUUACCAUCUCCUAGAAUAAAACAAGCGUUUCCUUUGAUUCGCCCACCAGCGUCACCAAAUUCUACCCAGAGUCCUGGAACAGUUAACAAAAUUCUAGUGGCACAGUAUAGCUUAAAAAAUUAUUCAACACCAAGUGCCGCAAUUACCCCACCUUUAAAACCUCAAUCAAAAAGUCAACCAAAUUCACCACCUAAAUCAGAGUCAGAAGAUAAAGUUAUAAGUCUAGAGGACAAAGUCAUACGGCCUGAAGAUAAAGUGAUAAAGCCAGAACCACCACCUUUUACCAACAGAAAUAUAUCAAUAGAAGUGUUUGAAGAACCGGAUCCUAUACCACCGAUUAAAGAGGAGGAAGAAACACCAACUGAAAUAACAAAAGAACUUAUUGCUGAGAUUAAUAAAGAUAUUGAAGAAAUACAUAAACUGACUGUGGAUACAGAUGACUUAAAACCACGAGUCAUAUUACAAGAUAUUAAACCCUAUCCCAAAAUAACGUUGCAAACAGUAGCAGAAUUACCGGAAAUACCACAGUUUAAACCUAAAGAACCGAAUCGAUCACCAACUAAUGAUACUCUAGACUCUCGACUUGCUGAUAGAAAAAGAAAGGAAAGAAUAAGGCAAAUAAAAGAUAUGUUAAAUAAAGGUAUUCCUCCGUUGAGCGUUUCAAGACGACCUCCGUUUCCCAUAGUAAGAACGAAUAAACCUGAACCAAUAGCAAAGAGUCACCCAAAACUAAUGUCCCUGGAACUUUUCAACCCUGCUACUGACGACAUGGAUAGCGAUUCCAGUGGAGUAUCUUCUCCAGAUUCAGUAGAUAGCGUCAUUAGCGUCAUUCCAGAUGAAUUAAGAAAAACUGCUAUUGAAAAAGACCUUUCAAAUCCCAUUCAAUCAGAGAAGAAAGAAGUCGUGCCUGCAAAUACCUCGGACAAGUCAAAUUCAUCAUCGCCUGCACAAAGCCUGAUUGAAGCUGCAGCGGAGGUUGCUCAAUCAUUAGACGAGACGUGUGAAACUGUUAUACAAUCCAGCCCACGGACUAAAAGGAAACAAUUAGAAAAACUAGAAAGUGGUGAAACAUUAGCCAUUGUACAAGGAGCUUCAAGUAGCAGCAGCAGUAGCAAUUGGAGCCUUAAUAAAUUGUCACCGGGAGAUUUAAGGAUAUUAGAAGACAGAUCAAGGUCUCAGUCACAUACUAGCUCCAGUGGAAGUUCUUCUAGUUUAGAGCGCCUAUCGCCGGGUCGAAGAUCAAAAGACCGGUCUCCUAAGCAAGGCAGUACAAGUAAUUCAACUUGGAGCUUAAACAGGUUGUCACCAAACCGGCUUGAAGGAAGGUCACUCGAAGAAAAGAACCACAGAAGCCCAACACGACUACCAUAUGAUUCAAUCUCCAUAUCGAGCACAGACUCAGAAAAAUCUAUUUCAAAGUCUGAAAGUUUUAAUCGGAUACAAGCCAAUGAACCGCUUGUGACUUGUAAGUCUGAUAUGUUAGCUAAAGAAGAAGAUUGGGUCAUUGAUCAAGAUCGUAAUCAACAUUUAACAGAAUUUGCAGAAAAAUUGAGCGAAAAAUUAUUACAAGAAAUUGAUGAAUACUCGAAACGUAUUAAUGAAGAAGACUUCGAUUUACCAAGCAGUAGUAGCAGUGAAAAAAGCAUCUCACUUAGGCUCAAGCGAGAAGAAGAAGACAGAAAUACUCAGAAAAUUCUUGAUGAACUGUCAGAUAGUCUACAGCAUCUUGAAGAACCAUACAAUAAAAUAGGGUCAGACAUGCAAAGCAUUAACAAAUUAAGCACUAAUGAAAAGACAAGGUAUAUAUCUUCAUUAAGUGAUUCCCAAGAGUCAGAUAUCAAUAAACUCUUCCCUAAAUGUGGAUCUAAAACUAAAAGUAAAAAGAGGUCCAAAGAUGUCGACCCCAUAAUAAAUAAGUAUAGGGAAUUGAAAAAGUCUUUAAAAGUAACAAGCGAUGAGGAUGUCUACUUAAAUAAUUGUGCCAACAUUCAGUACAAUAUAACAAAAACGAGCAUUGACGAAAAAUUGCCCGAUGUAGAUGCCAAGAAUCCUGACGAUGAUAGCGCAAUAUCUUCUAGUAACGGCAACCCCGAAAUCACUAUCGAAUCGGGAACUUAUGACACAAGUCAAUCAUUGGAAACAGGUUAUUCUUUAGAAUCAGAAAUAAGUGUCGAUUCAUUGUGUACCAGCACCGAUAAAAGAUCUUCUUUAAAAGUUGGUCAAUCAACUGACUCAAGUGAUUUAGACAAAAUGGAAAUAAGUCCCGAAUCGAUAACCUCACGGUCGAGUGCUAGUACAGCGCCUUUAAAAUCAGGCUUUUCUAUAGAAUCAAGCGACACCUCGGCUGGAAGCGACUGGAGUCGAAGAGACAAAACCGGCAGCACAGCUUCCUUGGGCUGCGCCAGUUUGGCCUCCUUGCCAUCGUGCAGCGAGUGCUCUAAAGAAAGAAAACUGUUAGAGAACCGAUCAUCCUCCGAGGAUACAGCCACACCAGUUCCAGCGGCACCAUCGAGAGCUAUUGCACACGCACCACUUCUCCCAUCUUUAAGCGACGGAUCUGAUAGCUUGCCUUCCGAGGGAGGCGCUGUCACUUACCAUCGUUAUUACCACGUCUUCAAAAAAGGCGAGCUUGAUCAGCUAAUCGAGAAAUACGUUGAAAGCCUACACGUCGUAUCGUCGUACUACGAUCAAGCGAGUUGGUGCGUGGUGGCAGAAAAAGUUCAGGUGUGGACCAUC